UAGAUAAAACAUUGCUAUUGCUCUUCUAAAUUAUCAUCCACGCACUACUAACAUUAAAAAUCACAUGAAAAAGCUUGGAUGAACACUAUUGAGACCGGUGAUGAUCUAUUUUUUGUUAUUCAUCUUUACAUAUUAUUCAUCCGCCGGUAGAGAGCAAAGUGCUUCUUUUUUCCUUCAUCAACAGGCGAUGUACCCGAUUUAUAUAAACCUCGGUUUGAAAGAGCGCGUCUUUGAGAAGUAUAGCCGAAACACGGGACUACAAGUAGAUGUGGAAAAGCUUCUUUCAUCGGUGUCAACUGGACAUUGCUGUUGCGACAACGCACAAGACCCGGUGCAGCUUAUCGGCUCGGUUACCGGUAAACUGCGCAGUCGUUAUUUGAGACAUUCAAGAGCAAUAAUAGCAGCAUCAUACAACACUGAAAUGUAUCGAGGGGUGACGAUACUGUAGAAGAUAUAAAUCCAAGAUGUCAAUGGCAACAAUGAAGAGAAAAUCUAACAAGAAAAAGUAAAAAAACAGCGAAGACAACAACAGCAUCUAUACGCGCAGCAUCGGAGACGCCUACAAGAGAAUCACUACUCGACAUGCUCGUGCAAUAGGUAAUCAGCCGCAACUAGAAUAUCCCCAACAUUUCGAAAACGCUCCUGAUAGAUACGUGUAUAAACUGUUGCCCAAGCUUCAAGUUUAUUC